GGCUGCGGCGCCGAGGGAGCCGGCGGCAGCGGGAGGGCCGCGACCCGCCGUCAGCGCCAGCAGGCACCGCGCCCGCCUCAAAGCGCCACGCCGCACGCGGCGGCCCCGCGCUGAGGGGAGGGUGACGCCCCACUUUGGACCCUCCUCGCUUCCCGUCCGCCUGAGGGGAACGACCGGCGAAGAGCCGCAGCCUCUCCCGGAGGAGGCGGUGGCGGGACGCGAACACUGAGGCAGGCGAGCUGCUUCCUCCUUCUCCUAAGAUGGCGGCAGACUCCGCGGAGCAGUUUUGCGUGGCCGAAGAGCGAAGCGGACACUGCGCCGUAGUGGACGGGAACUUUCUCUACGUGUGGGGGGGAUACGUGUCAAUUGAAGAAAAUGAAGUUUAUCUGCCUAAUGAUGAGCUUUGGAUCUAUGAAAUAGAUAGUGGGUUAUGGACAAUGCACCUAAUGGAAGGAGAGUUACCUACCUCCAUGUCAGGAAGCUGUGGGGCAAGCAUUAAUGGGAAGCUGUACAUUUUUGGUGGAUUUGAUGACAAAGGAUACAGUAACCGGCUGUAUUAUGUUAAUUUGCGAACAAAAAAUGGAACCUAUAGGUGGAAAAAAAUUACAAAUAUUAAAGGUCAACCUCCUACACCACGUGACAAGCUUUCCUGCUGGGUGUAUAAGGACAGGCUUAUUUAUUUUGGUGGCUACGGCUGUAGAAAGCACAAUGAACUGAAUGAUUGUUUUGAUGUCCAUGAUGCAUUUUGGGAAGGACAGAUAUUCUGGGGAUGGCAUAAUGAUGUUCAUGUUUUUGAUACAACCACACAAACUUGGUCUCAACCAGCAAUUAGAGGUGGAGAUCCACCUCAGCCUCGAGCAGCUCACACCUGUGCUGUGCUGGGAAAUAAAGGUUACAUCUUUGGAGGACGAGUCCUGCAAACUAGAAUGAAUGAUUUGCACUGCCUGAAUUUAGACACAUGGACUUGGUCUGGAAGAAUUAACAUCAAUGGAGAGAAACCAGAAGAUCGAUCCUGGCACACGCUGACUCCGAUAGGAGAUGACAGGCUUUUCCUUUUUGGUGGACUAAGUUCUGAUGAUGUUCCUUUAAGUGAUGGCUGGAUUCAUAGCAUUACAACAAAUGAAUGGAAGCAACUUACCCAUUUACCCAAGAGCAGGCCUAGAUUGUGGCACACAGCCUGCCUUGGAAAAGAAGGAGAAGUGAUGGUGUUUGGGGGAAGCAAAGAUGACUUGCAUUUCAUGGACACAGGUCACUGCAGUGACAUGUUGAUAUUUCAAACUCAACCGUAUUCACUCCUCAGGUUGUGUCUCGACUGCAUCGGUAAAAACGCGGUUCUCCUGAAGAAUGAAAUACCGUGCCUGCCACUGAGACUUCUGCAGCAAGUGCUGAAAAAAAUAACCUUCUGGGCUGCAGUUCACCACCGGCAAGAGAAAAAAGCUGAAACUGAAAGACAAAGUCAGCUGAACACCACAUGAGCAAUGGCAGCAAAACUGUUGAACGCUUGGUUUUACUUACGGCGUACAGCAAAGGCUUUUGUUAAGUGAACUUUACUAAAGCUACCCAACAACCUUAUGUUAAGCUGAGUUUCUAAGUGAGGUUUGAGAACAAAGAAAUACUUUUUAUUGGGAGUCAAGUUUUCUGCAUUAUAGAAAACUGAUACAACUUCAUUUGUAUAUAUUGUUAACUUCUGCUGUUGUGGCCCUAAUGAGACAGUCCAUGCCACCUGUUCUUUUUGAAGGGUGACAGAUGAUACAAAAUGCUUUCGGUCGGAUUAAAAUAUGGCCUAAGCCUAAAAUCUUACUACAGCCUUACCACAUCGGCACUUCAGGAAAGGUAAAACCACCUCAACACAGUAUCUUGGAAGAUUCACACUUGGGAAAGGUAACUAAUCUGUUAAUACCACUGAAUCUUAUCGAUUCCACCACACUCUUUCAUCUGACCCUGGGGGUCCUUCUCCCAGCAGGAAGGUCAGCCAGCCACGGCUUCUCAAAGGAAGAGCUGCCCCGAGCAGCAUCACUGUUUGUUUGUAUAGGAAAGCUCCCACACAGACUAUGGGUUUACUAUGUUUCUGUAACAAAUUCCUUCUUGAAAUAGGUUGGUAUAUUGUAUUUUGGAUGUGUAAAGUUUCUAUUUCAUUCUUGUUUAAAACAAAAUGCUUAUUUAUUGUUUAAAAAGAGCAUAUGUAGUACUUGUUAUUUUUCUGUUUCAGAUAUUUAGUUAACAGGAGCACAGUCAUUAAAA